AUGAACCCCGCAUUGCAAGAAGUACAGGGCUUACGGAUUGCCGUGGAGGGCUGUGGUCAUGGCACACUCAAUGCGAUAUACGCUGCUGUGGACAAAGCCUGUGAAGCUCGUGCCUGGGAUGGAGUUGAUCUCCUCAUUAUUGGCGGGGAUUUCCAGGCAGUCCGAAAUGCUUCUGAUCUGACUGUAAUGUCAUGCCCCGUCAAAUACCGAGAGAUUGGAGACUUUCACGCAUACUACGCUGGAACCACGAAAGCUCCUUACCUGACCAUCUUUGUCGGAGGCAACCAUGAAGCUAGCAGUCAUCUCUGGGAGUUAUACUACGGUGGAUGGGUUGCACCUAAUAUCUACUACAUGGGAGCUGCCAAUGUUGUGCGAGUGGGAGGUGUCCGUAUUGCUGGCAUGUCCGGCAUCUGGAAAGGAUAUAACUUCAACAAACCACAUCACGAACGAUUGCCAUACAGCCAAGAUGACAUCAAGUCAAUAUAUCACAUUCGAGAAAUCGACACUAGGAAACUACUUCAGCUAAAGACACAAGUCGACAUUGGUAUCAGCCAUGACUGGCCCAGAGCUAUUGAACGUCACGGCAACGAGAAAGCUUUGUACAGGUGGAAACCGGAUUUCGAACAAGAGUCGAAGGACGGCACUCUGGGUAGCGUGGCAGCAGCACAUGUCAUGGAUCGUCUGAGACCUCCAUAUUGGUUUGCAGCCCAUAUGCAUUGCAAAUUCCCUGCUAUUAAGACUUAUGAUGGAGCGCCGGCACCGAAAGAUGGUUCUUUUGAAAGCACGCCAGCUACAGCAAAGCCGGAGACUACCAAUGGAGGCAGCUCGGGGGUAAUGAAUGGAACAGCACCCACACACAAUUCAGAUGAAAUUGAUCUGGAUCUGGAUGACGAUGCAGAGAAACCACCACCAACCAAAGGGGGUGUGGCUUCGACAAACACGGACGAGAUCAUGCUGGACGACGACGAUGAUGACGUUGUUAUAGAUACGGAAUCCUCAGCCGUCCCUACAGACGUUCGUGCUCAACUACCUGCAGCCUUUGCACGACCACCACCUCCAACGGCUCGGGCACAGCCUGGCCAGCCAAUACCGGCAACAAUACCUAACAAAGUUGUCAGAUUUCUUGCUCUGGAUAAAUGCUUACCUGGCCGCAAGUUUCUUCAGCUCCUUGAAGUACAACCUCAUUUGACACUGACGGCUCCAGAAGGCUCAACUACUAGACAGAAGGCUAAGUUCGAGUAUGAUCCCGAAUGGUUAGCUAUAACCAGAGUCUUUGCUCUUGAUAUAGUCCUUGGAGAUAAGAAUGCCAAGCCACCACAUGAUCCUGGUGAGGCUCAUUACCUUCCUCGAAUCGAGAAAGAAUUGGAAUGGGUCAAUGAGAACGUUGUGAAGGCUGGAAAAUUAGAGAUUCCGGAAAAUUUCGUGCUCACGGCUCCUCCCUUUGUCGUAGGCUCACCUGAAAUUGUCCAAGAAGGACCAGUUGAAUACGACAAUCCACAGAUGCAACAAUUUUGUGAUCUGAUAGGAAUCGAGAACAAGUUCACCGCGACUCAAGAGGAACGGGAUGAGCGGAUGAGGAAUGGACCCCCUCCUGCAGAAGAACGACGGAAUGGUGGGUUUGGCAGGGGAGGAAGAGGAGGUGGAGGUCGUGGCGGUGGCCGGGGAAGAGGUCGCGGCCGGGGCAGAGGUGGGAGAGGACGAGUUUGGUAAGAGGACCAGAGUCGUUUUUCGUAUGGAUUUGGAAGAUACCCACAGCAUCGUGGCCCACGAUGACAGCUUUGCAAGCAGCACUUACUAUGAA